GGCAAAGAGAUGAGAUACAGCUCCCACCUCAUGAAUAGCAUCAUGGCUUCCGCCGAGUAUAAUGCCUCUUUCUCGGGCGCGCACAACUAUGGACUACAAGCUGGCUAUAUUGCCGGGAACGUUCACUACUACCCCACAGGCAAGUUACCGUCACUCCACCAUGAACGUCCUGAGACUCCUCCCGCGCCGUCCCUUUCAAUCCCAUUUCUCCGCGAUCCGGAUUUCAUCGACCGAGCAACAAUCCUGAAUCAGCUCCACGACCGGUGUGCUACACCAGGGUCCAAGACAGCGCUGGUAGGCCUGGGUGGUGUUAGAAAAUCACAGCUUGUAAUUGAAUAUGCAUACCGGAUCCACGAGCAGGAACCAGAUACGUGGGUUUUUUGGAUCUAUGCCAGUAAUGUCGACCGAUUUGAGCAGAGCUACCAGAAGAUCGCCGAUCAUGUCAAGCUCUUUGGGCGGCGGGACCCGAAGGCAAACAUCUUCAAGCUUGUGCAUGACUGGCUACGGGAUCUGAAAAAACAGAAAGUGGAUACUGAUACUUGA